AUGCUUGAAGUCGACGGAAGACAGUUUUACUUGUACGCAACCGAUCCUCUUGUGAAAAGGAUCGGUAUGCAGUGUUGGGUGUACUGUGCGGUAACCGCUCUUGAAGCUGCAAUAUGUGUGAAGUUUGGGCGGCACAUGUUCCCAGACAUGCCUGUCUACCCUAUUAAUAGUGUGGAUAGCAUUCCUUGUGAGUAA